AAAUAUAAAUUUCUGGAGAAAAAAAAACAUUUGAAGCUGUCAGUUUCAGUGAUCAUUCAUUUUCUCAGUAAAGAGGAGGUCCACAGGGCCGAGAGGCGGGGUGUGUCCUCAAUGCUCAAAUUUUCUGAAUAUCUGCAGACAAAAACAGCUCAGAAACUGAAUUCUGACAAACCGAUAAUUUUAGUCCAGCCAUCAAUUAUUGGAGGAUCUACAGCAACAGGAUGUUUCCUCAAGCUUUCAGCUUGCUUGUUUUUGCUUUAAGUCAAAGCUCAGUAUACUGCACAGAAAAUGGCUCUGUGUUGCUUCCUCUGACUUUCUCUGGUCGCUUCGUUCUGGUAACUGAAGAACCUGUGGACUACAUUGACCUGUCCGCAUUGGACAGCGAUGACAAUGGCUCAGGUUUUGAGGCCGAACAGAAAGUGGUGAAAAAACACGGCCACCACCAGCAAAAGCUCUACGUUGUCUCCGAGCAGGCAAAGGAGUUUCUCCAGGGUCGCCUUUCAACAAGCUUUGUCCCAACAGUUUACACCCUGGUCUUCAUCAUCAGCGUGCCUCUCAACCUUCUAGCCAUGGUGAUGUUUGUCCACCGCAUCCAGCCAAGGAAGCCUGCAGUGAUCUACAUGCUGAACCUGGCCUGUGCUGACCUUCUGUUCAGUCUUUUCCUUCCAUUUAAAAUUGCAUACCAUUACCAUGGCAACAAUUGGAUCUAUGGGGCUUUCCUGUGCAGGAUUGUCACAGCAGCUUUUCAUUGCAACAUGUACUGCUCAGUGCUGCUCGUCAUGUGCAUCAGCGUGGACCGUUUCCUUGCUGUGGUUUACCCCAUGAACUCCCUGACAUGGCGGAGCCCUCAGACUGCUGCAGCCAUCUGUGCAGCCAUGUGGCUCCUAUCCCUGGGAGGAGUGUUCCCCCUCCUGCUCUCUGGACAGACGCUACAUUUAUCAGACCUUGGAAUUACUACUUGUCAUGAUGUGCAGGCUGUAGAGACCCUACAAUCUUAUUAUCUCUACUUCUUCCCCAUAUACUCUUCCAUCUUCUUCUUCAUACCUCUUGUCUUUACUAUUGUCUGCUAUGUUCGAAUCAUUCAGGCUUUAGCAGCAGCCAAUGUGGAGAACCGCUCCAAGAAGACUCGGGCUAUAGUGAUGGCUGUGGUGGUGCUGCUUGUGUUUGUGGUCUGCUUCACUCCUACGAACAUCAUCCUGAUGUUUCACUAUGUUUAUAUUAGCCACUCAUCCAGUGAUCAUUCCUACCAGGCCUACCUGUUGUCUUUGUGUAUAGGCAGCCUCAGCUGCUGCCUGGAUCCACUCCUGUACUAUUAUGGCUCCUCUCAGUGCCAGAAGCAGAUGGCGGCAAUUUUUAGGUGCAACCAACUUCCACCAGCAGAGAGCAGCUUGGACACACGCAGUACCCAUAGGAGUGGAUCAAGCAGCAGGUCCUGUAAGAUGGAAAGGAUGCAUACUGUCCUUGGAAGCCAGUACAACAAGCUAGUGGCUUAGGCUAAUACAUGAUAAGAGGCUGUCUCCUAAAGUAAUGCAAACUUUCCCAUAAUGUCUCACAGAAUAAUUUUACCCCCUCUUAGGCUUUUCCACUUUUAACAUGUUUUUCCACUAAAUGUAAUUUAUUGUAAUGGUUUUUCAUAAAAUACUCAUGUUAGAUGGUGCAUGGUUUGGGAACAGGAUGGAAAAGACUAUGUGGCUUUCUCUUUGAAAGGACAAAUAGCUGUAAUGUAAAAUGCAUUUCUAUUUGGCCUUCUUUUGAAAACCAUAAUUUUACUGCAAUUAAUGCUACAACUCUCAAUUAUAGAGCUCAUAGACUUGCCAUUUCUCAUCUAUGAGCUUCAGUCACAUCCUAUUCCUAGUCCAAAACUUCCAUGUGAUGUAGGUCAUUGCAGCUCUUAUACUGUAGCUGCAGCUCUUCUGGGAAAGCUGUCCACAUGGUUAAACAUGUUUGUGGGAAUGUUUGUGCAUUUGUCCUGUCAAAGACUGAUGCAGCAUAUGAAGGCCUGGCUCUCAGUCUACUCUAAUGCAUCCAAAUGGUUUUCAUGUUGAAAGUCUGCAAUCCCAUCAACACCAAACUCUCAUGACUUUUGGACCUUACUGAGAGCACAAGCGGAAAGUCAUGUUUCUAAAGUCAGUAGGUCCUCUCUAAACUGGUUUGCUGAGGCAGAUGUUCUUUUACCGGGACUAAGCAUCCAAAUAUUUGGAUAUUUAUUUGGAUGGUUGAGAAACUACUGGCUUAAUAAUAUAGUUAUGUCUCUUAACAGUUUAAUGUGAAAACACUGAAAUUUUAUUCAUUCUUUGCAGAACAGCUCAAGCUACCUUAGAAUGGAUAAAUUAAACUUUGUGUCAAAUUUGACUCCAGCUUUAAUCUUUUAUCACCUCUUACAUUUCCUCUGUCAGGGUUGACCUCUGUCUGCCUCCAUCCAUCCUCUCAUUAAUGUUUACUAGCUUCCGUCUUUAAUGAAGAAAAGCCUCCCCACACAGUGCUGCCACCAACCUGUUCCACCAUGGGGAUGUUGUUUUUCCACACUGUGGAUUGUAUUUUUAUUAUUGUAGCAAACUGCAAUAUGGGACUAUUCAGGCCAAAGUAGCAGCAUAAAUGAUAGAUGACAGAGCCUAAGCCUCUCUGCUUAUUCUUUAAAUCUCAUCUUGUCUUGUCUUUCAUUUGCCAAUUCAGGCGUGGAGUUCCUAACCUUUAACAGUCUUGAAUGUUGGAUUGAUCCCUGCAGUUCAUAGAGAAGGUGUGCUCUAUGAAAACAAUACAAAAGGAGGACUCUAAUAGGAUUUUUAAUGAAGGAUAUUGGCUGGAUUAUGCUUUGAUUUGAUAUCAGUAAAGAGGAAUGAACACACACUGCACCCUUUCAUGGUUUAUUUAACAUAACAUAAAAUGGGAGGAAAUUUGUGCCAGUAAUGUGACAAAAUGCAGAAAAGUAAUGAUAGUGCUUAGAUUUGACCAAAACAAAUCUUGCUUUUGGUUUUUGUUCGUGCACUGCACCCACCUUAUAACUAAACCUUGAAUGUAUUCUCUUUUAUACUCUUUCAUUGAAUCAGAAGAAGCAUCCACAUAUUUAAUCCAGCAUAUAUUACAGAUUUGUAGGUUAGAUUCUAGUCCUAAUCGGUUUAAAGACAAAAUAUUUCAAUGAACGUUCUCAAAAUAUGUAAGCAAGAUAAACCAAGCAAGCAAAAAUCAUUUGAAUUAUUAAUUUAGCAGGUAUUUUCUCACUGUCUAAACUGUAUGAUCAACAUAUGCAAAAACAAUGUGCAUGCUGUUUAUUCAUUCUUCACUUUUUAUUUUUAAAAUGAUACUGACGCUUUAAAACAAUAUUUAGACUUAACCACACCAAAGUUUCUCUUCUGGGACAAAUUUGCUGAUUCAUGGUUCAGGGGAAGUUGACACGACUUCAUCAUUUGUACAUGACAGCUGGUCUAAUGUGUGCCAUCACAGAAUAGAAAUGUUCACCUUCAGAUAAGUCAUGGAAGCAUGUUAAAGGAGUUCUUUUUAAACAGUUUGGAGUCUCCCAGUGGAAAUCUGUAAAGAAAAUGCUGGCUUCAGUCAAAGAUAAAAUUGUGCGUAUGGUUUCAAGUGGCACAUAAGGUUUCAUUGACUAUCUUUUAUUGCUGCUCAGUCUUUUGUCUCUUUGUUGUUAGGACACAGUUCUGUAAAACAUAAAGAUAAAUCCUGUGAGAAGAUGCAAACAACUUUACCAAAUAAACAAUACAGUUAAGAAUAAA